AUGAGGGAGAGCGGAGUGGACAAGAGCAGGGUCUGGGACAACCCGUGGGGCGAACCCACGCGGGUCCCUGUGGUCCCCAUUGUCCCUGAGGUGCCCGUGGGCCCCUCGCCUGCCCCCCGCGCAGGAAGCGGCCCCGGGGCCGGCGGCUCCGGCUGCAUCACGGGGGGAAGAUGCACCGCGGACAGCGGGGAGAACCGAGGACACAACGGGGAUGCACCGGGGGGCACCAGGGACACGCGGAACGCCACCGACCGGACCACCCCUAUCGGUCCCCCGGGCUCAACCCCCACCCCCCCACGGCACGAUCCGGCGCCCAGAGAUCACGGAUGCCCCCGCGCCCCGCCUCCGGUAUCCCCGAGGAGCAGCCCGACCCCCCGGUUCCCCCGCCUGCCCCUCGCCACGGAGCGACCGGACUCACCGGGGGCUACGGCGGGGCCAGGGCCGGGGCCGGCACGGCAUGGCCGGGGCUGGGACCGGGACCGGGGCGGGACCGGCGGCGGCGGUGACGUCAUGGCUCCACCGGGCCGGCCCCGCCCUGCGCCCCCGCCGCCGCCAAUCCGCGCCCCGGGCACCCCCCCCUCCCCCACGAAUCGGUACCGAGCACCCAAUCGCGGCUGCCCCGGGACAGGAACGGCCCGGCCCGCACCCCACGGAGCCCCCCGAGCGUGUCCCCCCGCCACGGCAGCCGAGACCGAAUUAAACGGUGACCCCCGAAGUGUCCCCCCGGUAGCAGUAGUCGGGGUCCGGCAGUAG